CUUGAUGCAGCUUUUCCAAGAACUUUUUCUCAAUGUUGUAAAAUGUACAGUUUGUUCUGACUUUAGACAAUGCAGGGUUUUCCUUUAGUUCCCAGUGAGUCGGUCUUUCACUUCUUCUGUGGCAAAUAGAAAAUAUAAUCAGAAUUUUGCAUGUUAUGGAACUUAUUGUGUCAGUCAGGACUACAGAUAAGGAGGUUUAUAAGAAGAGAAAAAGAAAGGAAUUGUAUAUUGUAAAAAGCACAAGCUACAGAUUUAGCUUCCAAGAGACGUGAAAUUGAAAUCAUUUUAAGGGAUUUAUUUAGUUAUAUUUAGUUCGUGGAAUUGUCUUUAUUAUGCUGCUUGACUGUUUGGGCACCAGGUGUGGAGACGGCACUGAAGAAAAUUAAGGAGGAAUCCUCAGAAUACAAUGAUGUGUGGUGUUUUUCAAGAGAUUGUCUUGUUUGUGAUGUCAACACAAAGUUAUAAAAAUAGUCCUAGAAUAUUUGGAAAUUUCUGAGGCUAAAGUAUAAACCCAAUACUUAUCAAGUGUGACUACCAGAGAUGCUAGUAAUGAAGAAGUGACAAAUAUUUCCAAUUCAGAUGCACAAUGUUUUUGUUUUUUUUACAAAUUAAAAAUAAUUUUUCACAGUGCUGCAACACAUUUCCUCUAGUGUAUACAAUCAGUUUUGGUUUUUUUUUCAACCAAGAGUCCGUGACUGUACAGGUGUAGGUGUGAAACAGUUGAGGUGAAGAAAACCAAUGUGUGAGGAUUUCAGUGAGGUGAAGGAUAUAACACGACAGAAAACAUGGUAAUUGUUAGAAAAUGAUAUUCACUGUGCGAACACAUUAACAAAUUACACAGCACUGAUGUGGAACCGAGGCCAAGGUGUCGGAAAAAUUGGAAAAAAAAGGUUACAUACUUGCCAAUAAAACCUUAAAAUACUGGAAAGGUGUUAGUGACUGACUAUGGGUGAAAAAAAAGUCAUCUUUGUCUAAAAUAGUGAUUCUCAAUGUUUUUUCCUGCAGCACAUCCCCUUUUAGAAAGGACUAAUAUCAUACCUCCCCCCCCACACACACACACACAAUCACACACUAAAGUGCUAUUUCCACUAUAUAAAUAUAUUCACAGACAUAUAUAACAUUUUAUAGAAAUGCAUGUGCACUUUUGCACCCCUCUAGGGGGACUUGCCCCCCAUUUUGAGAACCACUAGUCUACUAAAGAACAUUAUAGUCCUUGUAGUUUGUUUUUUGUUUUUUUGCUGAACUGAAGUAAAGAAUAAAAUAUUUUAAAAUCUGUUUUCUGUUGGACUACAGGAAAAAUCUCACCAAAACUAGAACUGCACUGUCGAUGUUCAACCACUGGAGAGCAGUGUCUGUGGAGGCAGGCCUCACUCUGACAUAUGAAAAAAACUUUAAUUAACAUUAUGCAUUCUCACUCAUCAAUCUACAAUAUUGUAGAGUUGAGGAAAUAUAUGCAGCAUAAUAUAUUUUACUCCUCACUCUUAGUUACAGAACAGACUGAAGGUGGAAUCAUGUAUUUUUCCAUUUGUGUGUGUCACUGUAGGAUGUUUGUUUCUCUGUACUGUGACGUGGGCUCUCGCUCUGUUCACUGUGCUACGACGGUGACAGGGUCGUGAUUAUGCCAUGGAUGAUUUUGUCGAGUGUUAAAUGUGAAAUCUGAUUAUCCUCUCUGCUCUGCAGAGGGAGGAGGGCCAGCAGAGAGGCAGAGAAUCAGGAUGAGGUUGGCUGGGGAUAGAUUCAGGAGGAAGGAGGGGUUAAGACAGCGAUGUGCUGAGCCAGUGGCUUUUCCACACAGCAGCUGGUUGGCAGCAGGACAGGACAGGGCAGGGCCAGAGAGGACCGUCGACAGGCUCUGACGAAGGAUAACCCGAGGACCGCUCUCCUCCGCUCGCUGUGGAACACUGAGGUGGACUUCCAGGAGGUGUUCAUGGGAUGCACUAUCUACGCAGCCAGCCCUAAGGCCCUGCCUGCCGACGAGGCCACAGGCCAGGACAGAUACCACCAACAGCCCCACUACAGCCCACCUCAUGGUAACUGCAGUCACAGACUAGGAGCCAGCAGAGCCAGGCCCAGGAGCAUGACUGAGCAGCAGGAGCUGAGUGAAGAAACAGGCCUGCUCUCAACCCAGGACCUGGAGCCCUCCAAGGACGAGGACACGCACGGACACUUCAGGUUUCAGCUGAUUGAAGAUCUGUCUUAUGAAGAUGUGAAGAAAUGUUACAGGGGCUCGACUGUCAGCAAGUACAACUCGCAGUACCACAAACUGUUCCAGGGGGUGCCCAAGGAUGAGAUCCUCAUGAAAGUUUACUCCUGCGCUCUUCUCAGAGAUAUUCUUCUGCAAGGCCGACUCUACAUUUCCAGAAACUGGCUGUGUUUCUAUGCCAACCUGUUCGGCAAAGACAUCAAGGUGUCCCUCCCUGUUGCUUCUGUGAGGCUGGUGAAGAAGCACAAAACAGCGGGCCUGGUGCCCAACGGCUUGGCUAUCACCACAGACACGGGCCAGAAGUAUGUCUUUGUGUCUCUGCUGUCGAGAGACAGUGUAUAUGACAUUCUCCGCAGGAUCUGCACACACCUACAGGUCAAUGGGAAGAGUCUGAGCUUGAAGCAGUUGAUGGAGGAGCCGGCCUUAUCACUGGACGAGUUUCCAACCACCGAUGAUUUCCCGGCCGUCGUAGACGAUUUCCAGUCAGUGUUAAAGUGGAGAAGGAAGCCCUCGGUGGUGUCUGUGUCCUCCUCUCUCCCUGAUCUCCUAGGAAACUCCACCAGCAGCCUGAACACUUCUGACACACCCUUCAAAUCAGAGCAGCUGCAGGAAGAGCGAGCUCUGCAGACAGAUAGAGGUCUUUUAUCAGAGCCGGGGGCGGCGGAGCUGGGCCAGAUGGAGUACCAGCUGCUCAGGUUCUUCACCCUGCUGAUAAUCCUCCUCAUCCUCUCCUCCUGCUACUUGGCAUUUCGUGUGUGCAGUCUGGAGCAGCAGCUCUCCUUCCUCAGUAACACACACCUCCCCCUGAGGCAGAGGUGACACCACCUCAGCUGCACCAACGCUGCUUCAACUGCCAAAACAUAUCGUUGGAUAAAGUCAUUAUUUUAAGGAGAAAAGCCCACGUUAAUAUUCCCCUGAUCCUCUCUUAUGUGGACUGUGGAAUGAGGUUAAGACCCUGCAGACAGUCUGGACGGCUGUAUGUAAAGUAAUGACAGGGCUGUGCCCCUCUCCCCCCCUUUCUGUAACCCAUCAUAUCUCCCGCUCCUCUCUCUGAGGAUGGCAGUAAACUCCAGCUCAGAUGUAGGAAUUCUUCAAAGCCCUGUGGAAACAGAACCUUACAGUACACCAGCCAUGGAAAGGAAAGAACAAACUUUCCCUCUUCAGGUUCUGUCGUUAAGGAACCAGUUCCUGUUCAGUGAUCACUUCCAGACUAUGCAAAACCCACUGUGGGUUUAUCUUAAAAGAUAUCCUAGGUUUCACUGUAGAUGGAGAGUAUGAUAUUGAAAGACGCUGCUCAGUCAAGAGACACUGAGCAGGUGACGGUCGUGUGAAAAGACUCCAGCCUGAUGUUGGUUUCACAGGUUCCAGUUUAACAGAGCUAAUUUGACUGAGUUGAAACAUUAUUACUUGAAAAUAGUUUAGACAUUUCAGGUGAGUUGUUGUGACGACAUAUUUCUACUGUAGCUGUGACUGAACCGUGGACUAAACCACAUGUUCUGCUGAGAUCUUUCCUCUGCCCUAAGUCUGGAAAUGUCAGUUUUGAAUGAUGCACUUUUUAAAAAUAUUUUUUUUAGAUUAUAGUUGUUUGUUUUUGUCUUUAAAGGUACUUUUAUUUUCUCAAGUAUUUAUGUAAAGGACAGCUGACUUUACGGCUGACUCCUGGCUGACUGAAGUUACAAGUCAUUUAACUGCAAUGAACUGGAGUAAUGAUGCCCUCUGUUGGUGUCUGCUGUAAUGUGAAAAUGAUUAUGUACAUAAUCUUAGCUGUAAGCCGGGCUAACCUGCCCAGGGUGUUAGUUCUUUAUACAUGUGAGUUAAAGUCACCAAUGACCUGGAAUUUUACUUUGAGUGUAUUCAGCAAGUGUUUGUGUUAUGUAUUGAUUCAAAAAAGAAAAUGGUGAAUUAUAGACAUAUUUGUAACAUCUCUAUAAAAUAAACUGACAACAUAAAGCAUGUGGUAAAUAUGUGGAUGGAAAGUCUUCUUGGAUCAAUCCACACAACUAAUGAACCACUGUGCACACUGACAGUCAAAAUGUAAACGGUGGAUUAAAUUACAUUUUUCUACACACACAUAUAUAUAUUUCUACACACACACACACACACACAUAUAUAUAUAUAUAUACCUACAAAAGUCAUUAUUCUAAAUGACGUAAUCUCAUACUUUAAAUGUUAACAAAUAAUAUCUUAUAACUGCUGACACUGUAUGAUUACAGUCGGAAUGUUAUGGUCUGUGAUCAGGACGAAACAUUUUAUUCUAUACGGCGUACAACACUGACAUCCAGUGGUCACACACCAUAGUACACUUCACGUUUGCCUAAUUAAACUUCUGAAAAUGGUCAAUAACAAUAAUAAAAUAAAUGAACUAA